AAUCUGCACCAACGUCCACUUCGAAUGCGAGUUCUCGAGCUGGGCCAAGCAGAAACACGAACGCAAACAAUUCGGACGAGCUUUUUCGCAUGGGGAGACGAACCCGUAGCUUCGUCGUCGGCUUCAACAUCGGCAGCUGCAAGAAGAGCAGAUCCGAUGCCGGCGCCUGUUCUGGGGAAGAGGGCGUUCUCUGAACGUUCAGAUUCGAGACAAUCCUCGAGAACGGCCGAGGAAGGGCCUAAACGGUGUAAUUGCGAUAUGACCGCCAUCACGAAAGAAGUGACCAAGGAUGGCGCGAACAAGGGACGGAGCUUCUGGACUUGUCCUAACGUCAAAGUAGCGUCGUGUGGAUUCUUUGAGUGGGUGGCGGAGGGCGUGGGUGAUAGUGGUGGAGGAGCUGGGGGGAGAAGCUCCAGUGUGGGUGAGGUCAAGUCGGGCGGCUGCUUCAAGUGUGGUCAAGAAGGACAUUGGGCUAGUGCAUGUCCAAAUCCACAGGGUGGCUCUGACUCCAACAAGAGGUUCAAGUCUGGAGGAACAUUUGGAGACAGUGGUGGUACAGGUAACGCAUGCUUCAAGUGCGGCGAACCAGGGCACUAUAGUAAUGCCUGUCCAAACCCGAAUGGUGGAUCAGGCCAACGGACGAAGUCCUCAGGUGGAGGAGGCGGAGACAAUGCAUGUUUCAAGUGUGGCGAGUCUGGUCACUACAGCAAUGCCUGCCCAAAUCCUGGAGGCGCUGCGAAGCCGGCAUCUCGGGCUGGCUCAAGAGGAGGCAAACGAGGCAGAGGUCGGGGUCGGGGACGGACAAGUGGAGGGAAGUCCCGGGGAAAGUCCUCAAAAUCGGCCGGCUCGAUGUUCGGCGCUGCUGAUGACUUUAUGUGAAACGUUAACCGUGGACU